UUGGGGCAUGCCCUCCGCCUCCAUUCCCGUCUCUGCUCCUUCCACAGCUCCACUCCAAAGCGAUGGCAUGCCAUGACAGCCAUGGUCUUGCCUGUCAAGCCCUAAAAAAAAGAGUUUGGUGGUGAUGGCGGCAGCGGUGGUGCGCAUCCGCAGCCGCGACGGGCUGGAGAGAGUGAGUGUUCACCCCAAGGCGACGGUGCUGGAGCUGCAGAUGGCUAUCGAGCGGGAGCUCCAGGUCCCGGUGAGCGCCCAGUAUGUGUCGAGAAAUCAGUCCCUGCUCAUGGCCAAGGAUCCCAGUGGCGCUGCGCUCAUGGCGGCGGACAUGAGGGAUCCCUCGGCUGCGCUGUCGUCGCUAGGUAUCGGGCACGGAUCCGUUGUGUUUCUGUUUUACAGCGGGAAGCGGGAGGUGGCCGGCCCAAAGGUGACGCCGUCGGGGGCGUUUGGCAAGAAGAUGACCAUGGACGACCUCAUCGCCAGGCAGACGAGGGUGGAGCGGCAGCAGCAUGCCCACUGCAACUCGCUCAGCUUCGACAGGGCGGCGGCCAACGCGUUCCAACACUACGUGCACGAGACGCUGGCCUUCGGCGUCAAGCGGGGUGGCUUCAUGUAUGGCAGCGUCACGGAGCAAGGGGAUGCCCUGGUCCACUUCAUCUACGAGCCUCCGCAGCAGGGCAGCGAGGACGGCCUUCUCCUGCUGCGAGACCCCGACGAGGAGAGGCGGGCCGACGGCAUCGCUGCGGGCCUGGGCAUGAGGCGCCUGGGUUUCAUCUUCACGCACACCAUCAGUCAGGGCAAGGCCGACUACACGCUGAGCAACGCCGAGAUCCGCCAGGCUGCCCAGCUGCACGCCGAGAGCAACUUUGACGCCUGGACCACGGCGCUGGUCAAGCUCGAGGCCAAUGGCGACGUCCAGUUUGAGUCCUUCCAGCUCAGCGACCAGUGCAUCAAGCUGUGGAAGGAGGGCUGGUUUGUCCAGGACGCCGAGGAUGUGAAUCCCAAGCUGUCGAGGAUGAACAAGGAGGUGGUGAUCCUGGGCAAGGAUACCAGGGACGUUGACAACGUCCUCUUCCUUGUGCCCGUCAAGAUCCUCGACCACCAGGGUCCCCUGUCGUGCAAUUUCCCCAUCGAGAACAGGCUGACGCUCCCCAGCUUUGAAUCGCUGCGGAGCCACCUCGACAGCAACAAGAGCCGGCCGUACGUGCAAAGGAUCUCCGAUUUCCAUCUGCUCCUGUUCCUCUCCAAGUCCCUGGACAUCGACACCGACAUCCCUCGGCUGACUGAGGCAAUCUCCACGCAGGGCUCGGUACCCGAUGGCUACCAGCUUCUCAUCGACUCGCUGGCUAGCAAUCACUCCUACUGAUGGGACGAAGACACUAUUUUUAUGGAAAUUGAGCGUCCUUGAAAAAA